CAUAUAAACAUGAUUUUGGCGUAUAUGUGUGGUUAUUAAGUUCUUAUUUAUUUUCAUAGGGAUGCUUGUUGUGUUCUUUGUAUAUGCAUAUAGGUUUCCUAACCGCAAAUUCCUCUAAUAAAAUUGUGGGAAAUUUAAAUUUUUUAACACCUUAUGCAGGAGGAAUGGGACAACCUCAACUCAGUAGGAAUGGGACAGUCCCAUUCUACCUGCCACUCUAAUGUAGGUUUGUACAAAUGAUUUUUUUUUGUAGUCCCCAUAAUGGGUAGAAUUUGGGCGCGUAAAACAAACAGAGAACGCAUUACUGAACAACAAUUGCGAAAUGCAUUAGAAGAAGUUAGGAAAGGCAGUUCCAUAAGACGAGUAGCAAUUUCGUUCAAUAUUUCAAAAUCGUCACUAGCACGUCACGUAAGUGCAUCACAACAUGUACAUAACAUUGUUGAAUUUAAGUACAACCCCAAUAUCGCUGUUAAGCAAGUGUUCAGCACUCAACAAGAAGAAAUGAUUUGUCAAUAUUUAAAAACCGCAUCAAAAAUGCACUAUGGUCUAAGCACUAAACAGGUGAAGAGACUUGCUUAUCAGUAUGCUAUCGCAUUGAAACUUCAGUUACCUCGUCAGUGGGAAGAAAAGAAAGAAGCUGGAAAAGAAUGGUUGUUUGGUUUUAUGCGCAGAAAUCGCACCCUUUCUAUUCGUGCUCCUGAAGCUACAAGCCUAAGCCGUUCUACCAGUUUCAAUGAGAAGAACGUGGGAGACUUCUUUUCUAACGUCAAAAAAUUAUACGAUCGUCAUGCCUUUAGAGCAGAUUUGAUAUGGAACUGUGACGAAACAGCCUUAACAACGGUUCAUAAGCCUCCUAAAAUCAUUGGCGAAAAAGGUGCUAAACAAAUUGGACAAGUGACAUCAGCGGAACGCGGUCAGCUAAUUACGCUAUGUUGUUUUGUUAAUGCUACGGGUAACACAGUUCCACCGGCUUUCGUCUUUCCCAGAGUGAAUUUUAAAGAUUUCAUGCUUCACGGAGCGCCACCUGGAAGUCUCGGUUUGUCACACAAAAGUGGUUGGAUGACUUCAGACAAUUUUUUAUUGACUCUUAGACAUUUUAUUAAACAUAUUAAGUGCAGCCGAGAUGAUCCUGUGGUGCUCUUUUUAGACAACCACGAUAGUCAUGUGAACAUCAGUGUGAUACAAGAAGCCAAAGAUAAUGGAGUGCUGCUUAUAACUUUUCCGCCACACUGCAGCCACCGUCUUCAACCGCUAGAUGUUUGCGUGUAUGGACCAUUGAAAGCUAGAUACAAUCAAGCAUGUGACAACUGGAUGACUGCAAACCCCGGAAAGACUCUAACAAUAUAUAAUAUUGCUGAACUUGGCGGAUCUGCAUUUAACAGUGCUUGUACAAAAGACAAUAUUAUAAAAGGGUUUCAAAAAACGGGCAUAUGGCCCUAUAAUCCCAGUGUGUUUUCAAAUGACGACUUUUUGAUGUCAUAUGUAACAGAUCGUCCAUUUAAUGAAAAUGAACAAGGAAAUGAAUCUACUUCAGUUGAUAAAGAGCAUUGCAAUAUCAAUUGCGGUUCAAAUGAAUCGCGGUUUUGUGAAAUGAAUAUACCCAGCACUUCUACCUCAACUUGUAUGGAGCAGGUGUUAACACCAGAACAUAUUAUGCCUUAUCCGAAAGCCGCUCCUCGUAAAGUUAAACAAUGUCGAAAACGUGGAAAAACUCGAAUCUUAACGGAUACUCCAGAAAAGGAAGAAAUAGAGGAGCUCCAGAAGAACAAGAAAUGCAAACAAAAAAUCGAGCAAACCAAAAAAAGGUUGGGAAAUGGUAGUAGUAUUUUACCUAAUAACAGAAAAAAAGAAACUGUUAUUGAUGAUACAGACAGUUCAAGUGAGAGUAGCAUGCCGGAUUUGCAUGAUUCGUCUGGCGACGAAGAUCUUAACUUUGAAAAGGAAGAUGACUUUGACUUUGACAUUGAUAGUGUAACAGUGGGGGAUUUUGUUUUAUGCAAAUUUCUAGGUAAAAAGCAGAUUGUGCACUACGCUGCCAGAGUAAACACCUUGGCAAGUAAGGAGAUGGAAGUGAGCUUUCUUCGAAGAAAGGGCACUUCAUCUAAGUUUGUCUUCCCAACGGAAGAAGACAGUAGCACAAUUCCUAAAAGUGACAUUGUAUUGAAAUUACCAUCCCCACAAUGUUUUGGUGGAACUCAAAGGACUUCGUCCAUUUUUUCUUUUGAAAUAAAUUUUGACAUGUUUAAAAAUGUCCGUUGACUUCGACAUUAUUAUAAUACAUUGAUUUACUUCAAUAAGAACACUUUUUUUAUUGUCUACUGUACAUUUCCCCACCUGUCCCAUUCUCCCUGCCACGUGUCCCAUUUCACCUGCCUGGCAGGAGGCUUGGGACAUUUGUUAAUAAAUUUUCAUAUUUUUUUUUUCAUAAUUUAAGAACAUAAAUCAAUGACUUGGAAUAAGUAGACUUCUGCUAAAUACUUCAAAGAGUACUGUCCAAAAAUUUCAUAUUAUAUCAACUUAAGAGAACGGUUUAAUUGCCAUUCAAACACAAAACGUCCCAAACCUACCCACUCUCCCCUA